UCCUUGCCGUGCUGUCUCCUGCUGACGUGUCUGCCUCUCUCUGCUCAUGCUCCUUCCCUCCAUGCUCAGGACACUGCCACCCUGCCGCUGACAUGGCUGCAGCCAGAGCCCACCUCUACCUCCUGGCCCUGCUAUGGCAGCCCCUCCUCGGCAGCGGCUCUGCCCGGGACCCGAGGUUCUCCGACACCAAGCGCUGCGCGGACGCGGAAUGUAGCAAACUGAUGUGCAGGGGUAAAGCCAUAGAAGACUUCACGGGGCCGGACUGCCGCUUUGUGAAUUUUAAAAAGGAUGAAAUAAUUUAUGUUUACCACAAGUUAACGGGGAGAUCGACGGACCUUUGGGCAGGAAGCGUGGGCACUUAUUUUGGAUAUUUCCCCAAGGAUCUCAUAGAUAUUAAACAAGUUUACACAACCAAUGAACUAGAAUUUCCCACAGAUGCAACAGAUUUUGCUUGUUUUGAGGAUGGAAAAGAUAACUUUGAUAGUUACGAUGUCAAUGAACUUUUACAAAAACAAAAAGGAAGCACAACUAGUAGUGAAACAUCACCUGGGGCAUCGCCCUCCCCAGAGAUGGAAACACCACCUGUGGAGACAUCUUCUGCAGUCUCUGAAUCUCCUUCAGAAGCGCAAACUGUUAUAAAGGAUAAAACAGCAAAAGAGGAACCUAAAAUAGCAGAGGGUGAGCCAUCUUCAUCAAAGUUUGGAUUAGACUUGGAAGAGUCUGGAAAAACAUCAGACCUGCCUUUAGACGUUGGCACAGCACCAAAUGAUCCUUCUGCUCCAGAACCUGAAAAAACAAAUGAGGAUAAAUCUGGUUCAAGAUCAGAACCCAUAGCUGAGGAGCCAUUUGAUUCAGAAUUAAGAACGGCAGCUGGGGAUUUGUCUCCAUCUGAAUCUGCAUCUUCUGAUUCACCAUCUGAAGAGCCAUCCACUUUGGAGUCUGGAGAAAAGUCAGGAAGUGUUUUAGAGUCUGCAAAACAAAAAAAAGAGCCACCACCUUCAGAUUUGGAGACUUCUAAAGGGCAUUCUUCUGCAUCAGAAUCAGUAGAUCUACCCACUUCUGAACACCAAGAAAAAAAAGAACAACCCCCUAAGAGGCCUGGGGAAGACAACACUGAAGCGAGCAAGCCGGCAGAUACAGAUCCAACAGAAAGUGCCAUUUCCCCAAAAGAUGAAAAUGUACAUAGUCCCAUUGUAAAUAGUCACUAUAAAAAUUCUCAGGAAGACAGUGUUGCACAAGACAUAUCAAAUAUAAAAAGCAAAUCACAAGUGCCAGAUAGUGAACAAGCCAAAAAUGAUAGCAUUUCUCAGGGAGAAGUUAAAGAAUCUAAUAAAAAGAAUAAGGACUUUGAUUCCUAUACCAUUAUAGACAAAGAACUGACUCAAAAAUUGAAGACUGAAAUUGGCUCAACAGGUGAUGCUAUUGUGUCUGAUGAUGAGAAGACGAGAAGUGUUACAUUGGAGGAUGAAUAUCUUGAUGAAGAUGAGAAAAGAGAAUAUGAACCCUAUGAAGCAGAGUUUGAAGAAGACCUUUCUGAGGGCUCUGUGGAACCUCCUCUGUUGUCUUUUGAAGAAUCUGAUGUCAAGUCAUUUGAUCAUACAACUUUUGAAAAUGAUUCUACCUCUAGUGCCCCACCAGAGGCAAAAACAACACUUCCUGAAGAUGAAGUGAAGGUCUCUGUAGAUGUUGGACAUGCAACACCCCUAAAACAAGAAAAAAACAUAGUGACCACAUGGGGAGACACUUUCUUUGCCAUCGUUAGUGGUGGAGAAAACACAAGGGAUGUCACUGAUCUGGAUGAAACAGAUUCCGAGGAAGAAGAGGAUGAACAACCAGUUGAAGAGUUGGAAGAUGACAAUAACCUGUAUUUAAUUGCUAUGGAGAAAAAUAGUGUAAGGCAUAAAAACACUGAACCACCUUUCGAUGAAGACUUAUAUAUAUUAGAAGAGGAAUUGGUAGAAGAAACAUUGUCUGCUGUUGAGGGUGAUCAAGCUUUGCAAACCAAGCCAAAGGUCAAUGUUACUUCUAACAGCUCAUCUGAAAAUGCAGAUAAUUUGUCUUCUAGCACUGAAACUCCUUCUUCCAAACAUGAAACUGAUCUGGAAUCUGUAACCAAAGAGUCUGAAGUCCUGGAUCAAGCUGAUAAAGUAGAUCCAGAAUUAACAAAAGAAACCCCAGUUGAGACACAAGAAACUUCAAACAGUGAAAAAGAUUCAGACAAUAUCUUGCCGUCAUCUAAAGAUAAGAAUGCAUCUACACAAGAGAUAACCAAGUCUGUGGAAGAUGCUGAGGCAACAGGCCCAGAAACUGAUGAUAAAGAAACUUUGGAAGAUCCAAGUACAGAUCCUAAAGAAAAGAAAGAGCUAAAUAUAGUUGACACUGUUCUUGAUCAGGCAGCUCCAGAAGAUAAUGAAGCUAUGAAGCAGAAACUGCCGUUAUCUGAGGAUUCCAAGCUCGAAAAACUCAAAACUGAUGAAGAUAAAACUGGAGAAAUAAAAUCAAAUAAAAGUGAUUCAGAGUCAUUGGAAAAGGUUGACUUGGGGGAUAAGAAACCUACAAGUGACUCAGUUGAACUUUCAAAAGAAGAGAAAGAUACUACAACAAAAGAAUCUGCAGAUAAAGCUGAAGCAGAUGAUAAACCUAUUGAGAACCAUUUAGAUGACAAAGAGGAUGACGGUUCACCCGAAGAAGAAAGUACAAAGCAUUCAGAGCUUCCAGGUAGUCCAACCAACACAGAACACGAACCUUUGAAAUCCGGUGAUUCCGAUGCGGAAAAGAAAGUAGACAAUGUGCCAUCUGACCAUCCAGACAGUACCUUACAAAAUGUUCCACAAAAAGAGGUCCAUGCGGAAGAGAUGACCUCAUCAGAGAUUGAUGGAGAAGACAUUGAUGAAGAAAACGAGGAUGGAGUAUUAGAAGAUGAAAACGCUGUUAAUGCCACACGAUCUAGUCAACUAGAAACGAAGAGUAAUGGUACUGACAAUCUCGAUAGUUUGGAGUCCAACAUGACAGUACCUGUUGAAAAAGAGACUGCUCAAGAAAUCUACCUGAAGAAAAAGGCACACAAAAUAGAAAAUAAUACUGAGGACGAACCAAGUAAGGAGGAAAUGGCAGCAACAAAGGAUGAAGGAAGAAUCAACGUUGAUGACAGUCUGAUAAAGAACACAGUUAAAGGUAUUCAACAGGAGACUCCAGCAGAAGACAAGAAAACAACCAAGGAAGACAUUGAAGAGAAAACAGACUCUGACAAGACAGCCAAUGUAGAAGACCUUGAAGGAGUAACUGAGGAAUUGGAUGAUGACUCCACAUCUUCAGUGAAUGAUACACUAGAAGAGGCGUCUUAUCUUGAAAGCAUUACCAGCCUUUCUAUCAUGAGGGAUCAUCUAAAUGAAUCCCGCAUUGCACAGUUCACAAAGUACCUCGGCCUUGACAACUUGAUGAGACUGGAAGCCAUGUUUCAUGACAUGGACUCUGAACUGAAGCUCGCACGAAAAGACAAUGUACGUCUGGAUUAUAUCGACAAAGCUCUGGAUGAGAUCUCAGAAGCCUCGGAAAGCAAUAUACUUGACUUUGUUGAGAGUGUCUUGGACUCUAGAGAGGCAAGUGAGGAUCAGAUCCUUGCAGCAGAGAAGGAAAUGUUUGAUGAGGAGGCAAUUUUGCUGGAUGACAUCCAGGAGAUCUCGUACAAGCUCCGACAUAAACAUUCAACUCUAAGUGAUAGUUCUGUGCUUGCUCCAGAAGCCCAGGACCCAGAUGUAAUGGAAAAAGGAGAAAACACAGCUGAAGAUGUGAAGAAAGAGGAGGACACAUCAGAUAAUGAAGAGAGCGCAGUGGAGGAAGCCACUGUACUAGAACCACAGGUGGAGGAAACCUUAGAACCUAGUCCAAAGGAGGAACCCACAAUACUGGAGCCACAAGUGGAGAAGACCAUAGAGCCUAGUCCAAAGGAAGAACCCACAAUACUGGAGCCACAAGUGGAGGAGACCUUAGAACCCAGUCCAAAGGAGGAACCCACAAUGCUGGAGCCAAAGGUGGAGAAGACCUUAGAUCUUAGCACAAAAGAGGAACCCACAAUAGUGGAGCCAGAGGUGGAGAAGACCUUAGAUCUUAGCACAAAAGAGGAACCCGCAAUAGUGGAGCCACAGGUGGAGGAGACCACAGUACAACCACCAGGGAUCCACCACGAGGAACCAGAACUUGUCUCUCCCACUGAUGAUCCUGUGGAUUCAAGCACACCUCAUCUAGAUGUAGACCUAUCUCAUAAUAUGGAGAGACCAGAACCAGUCACCUCUGUUGAUAAAGGUGAAGCAGAAACAGGCGAGGCAGAAUCCGUGUCUUUGUCAUCUGCCUUCUCCUCGAUGACCAGCUCUCUCCUAGCAGCCAAGAAAAGUUUUGCCCCGGUUGCUACCCUGUUUCUAUACGUGCUAUGGAGCUGUGUGCUGUCCCAUAGAAUGGCUGAUAACAGAGAGCAGUCGCUCAGACAGAACUCUACAGCAAGUGGCUACCAGAUGAGGCGGUCAGCAGGUCCCCUGAAUGUACUGCUGACCCAUGCUAUCAUGGAUGAGAUGGAACAAGAAGACCCUACAGCAUCCUCCUUCUCCCCAUCACUGGACCCGCAGCCAGACAUGGGGACCCUCCCCACCUUGUACGCUCUCCUGGUCUCCAGAGUCCUCCAGGUGGUGUCGGCUCUGCCAGAAGAUUUCCAACCAGGCCCAGAUUUCUACGGCAUGCACUGGGAGCCCAUCAUCAUCGCCUUCUUAGUGGGACUGCUCUCUUUCUUGAUUUUCUUCUGGAGAACGUGUCUUUCGGUGAAGAGCAGACUGUAUCAAGUGAGCGAGAAGCAGCUUGCUGAGAAGAUCGCUGCGCUGAUGAAAGAGAAAAGCCAGGCUUUGGAAAAAAUAUCUGAGUUUGAACAAAAGAUAAAAGAUGCCAAGGAGUCUGAGGGCAUGACCCAGCAGAAGAGCACGCACCUGCAGCAGGAGGUCACCACCCUCAAGGCCACUGUUAAGGAUCUGAAGAACAACAACAAGCAGCUCGAUGCCAAAAUGAGGAACCUGCUGCAUGAGAUGGAGUCUCAGAAGGAACAGAACAAGCGGAAGCAGGAAAUGAUCUAUGAAGGGCAGAAAUCUAUAGAGCAACUCAAGGAGCAGUUUUUGCAGAACUCGGCAGAGCUCUCCGAGCUGCAAGUUGCAUUAAACGAGGCAAAAAUGAAAGAGCAGAAGGUUCGCAAUGAUCUCCGAAUUUUUCAAGAGGAGAACUCUCGCCUGAAGGACACUAAGGAGCAGCUGCUGAAAGAAGCAGAUGGAUGGAGUGAGAGGCAGCGGGAGCUUGAUGAGCAAAUCCAGCUCCAGCAGAAAUCUCACAAGGAUCUGGAGGAAGCUCUGGCCUACAAAGAAAAUGAGAUUGAGGUCCUGACUAACUGCGUCAUGCAACUGAAGCAGAUGGAAGAGGAUUCUGGGGCUGGAGAUGAUGGCAGCUGGCAGCCGGCAGGAGGUGGGGAGCUGGAAAAUGGAGAAGUACCAGAGAAACGCAAGGAAAAGAUGAAGAUCCAAAUCAAGCAGAUGAUGGAUGUUUCCAGGGUGAAAACAACACUGUCGAUCAUCGAGGAAGAGAAGGAUUUGUAUCAGCGAAAACUGACAGACGAGAUUUCUGCACGGCACGAUCUGGAAGAGCAAAUCAAGCAGCUUCAGCAUGAUACCGGCUCCCUGCAGUCCGACAAGACCCGUCUGGACAACGAAUGCAAAACUAUGCGCCAGAAAGUGGAGAUUCUCACCGAGCUGUAUCAGCAGAAGGAGAUGGCGCUGCAGAAAAAACUUACCCAGGAAGAAUACGAGAGGCAAGAGAAGGAGCAGAAGUUAUCUGCAGCGGAUGAUAAGGCCAUCCUGGCCAGCGAAGAAGUCAAAAUAUACAAGCAGCGUAUUCAAGAAAUGGAAGAGGAACUGCAAAAAACCGAGAGAUCCUUUAAGAAUCAGAUUGCAAGCCAUGAGAAAAAGGCGCAUGAAAACUGGCUCACUGCUCGGACGGCAGAAAGGACUUUGGCAGAAGAGAAACGAGAGUGUGCAAAUUUAAGGCAAAAAUUAAUUGAAGUUAACCAAAGGAUCACAGCUCUCCAGAGGCCGUCCAUAGUAAAACCGACUCCAGGAAGACCUGAUCACCAGCCCCCUCCAAGGAGAGGUACGCUGAGUAGGGACGGCUCUUUUGGCCCUUCACCAGUAAGUGGGGGAGCCCCUUCCCCUCCAAUAAUGAUGGACGUGUCUGUACGAUCCGCCUCAGCCAACCUCAGCCGAUCAGAGGACUUGAAAGGUGGAGCUGAUACUUCUGGACACAGACACCCUUAUCCUGAGAUUUCUGGAAGAACUUCUGCACCUGAUCUCGGUCACUUCAAUGCAGUGUUAAACAGUGGUCCCAGAACAUCGUCGCCCUCUAUGGGUGUGGAUGGAUUGCCAAUCCCAUCUAAUGAGUCUGAGGUGCCCAGUUUGGCCGCUAGUUCUUCCCAGUCCGAGGAACCUGCUCCAGUAAUGCCAGUUGCCAAAGGUCCUCCAUCAUUUCCUGGCACUCCAGUAAUGAACUCGACAGCGGCUGCUCCCAUCAUGCCUUCUGCUCGGUUGAUUGGUCCACCGCCGCACCGAGGAGCCUUCGGUCCACGAUCUUUACCACAGAUGCACGGUCCCCCAUCAGGUCUUAGAGACUUACCACACAGGCAUAUGAUUCCACCUGGUGCAAUGCCUCCACUGGAUCAAAGAGGUCUCGUCAGAGUUCCAUUCCCACCAGGUCCUGUUGGUAUGCAUGGUCCUAGAGAUUAUCCAGUACCACCUCCUGGAGCAAGAGACUUCCCACCAGGACUACCACCUCCUGGACCAAGAGAUUUUCCACCAGGUCCACCUCCCCCCGGAGCUCGGGACUUCCCACCUGGUCUUCCACCUCCAGGUGCUCGAGAGUUCCCACCAGGCUCAAUUCCUCCUGGGUUGAGAGAUUUUCCACCUGGACCUCUACCACCUGGAGCCAGAGAUAUACCACCAGGGCUCCCACAUCCAGGAGCUAGGGACUUCCCACCAUUAAUGCCUCCUCCAGGAUCCAGAGAGUUUAUACCAGGAGUCCCUCCACCUGGCACAAGGGAUUUCCUACCAGGACCACCACCACCUGGUUCUAGAGAAUUUCUGGCAGGGCCUCCACUAGGAGCCAGAGACUUCCCACCACCUGGUCCUCCACGAACAGGUGUAAGAGACUUCCCCCCAGGAUCUCAUCCUGGAGUCCCUGCUGGGCCUUCAUUACCUGAGCAGCGAGGAGGACAUAGUCAACCAGUUCAGACAGAACUUUCUCAAGGUCAAAGAUCCUAAAAAAAAAAAAAAAAAUCAAGAGUAGACUAAUAGGACACAAUCUGUGGCGCAGUUCAACAUGGUUCAAAUGUUACCAGUUUACAUAAACGUCUGAUUUAUAAUUUCACGUCUUAUAUAUGCAAUAUUUUAUUCUCGUCAGCCUUAGGAUUUUUUUAAUGGUUUAAAUCAUUCUGCAUCAAAAAUUUAAAUUUUUUUAGCCACCAGAAGCUGGAUAAUUUUUCAUCAAAAGUUCAGAAUGUGCAAUCCCGGAAUCCACGAGUUUGUUUUUUCUUUUUUUUUAAUUUAAUGUAUCAUAUGUAACCAUUGUUUGUGGAAAAUAAUGAAUGUCGAAAAUCUUUGAAAACAUUUCCUGUGGAAAUACAUUUUAUAAGAAUAUCAUUAUUCUGAUGGCUUUUCCACACCUGCUAGCUUAAUUAUAUUCUUAUUAUACACCACUGGUUUACAUAGGAUAAAUCAUUGUUUUUAACAUCUGGUGCUGCAAACCAGAAACCCGUAACUCUGUAAGAUGGAAAAUAAUAAAGAAUUGAAAAUAGA